UGCACAAGGGAAAUUACUAAUAAUAGUUAUGAGUAAAUCAAGGGAUACAAGACUUCUCCACCGAUCUUAUGUAUAGGCUUUAUAAAUGUUGCUUGUCAAUCCUGAAGAUUCCGGAAAGCGGCUGCCACAAAGGUUUCGUUCUGGUGGAGAGAUCAAAGUUUGAACCUUAAUGAAGCCAUACCAAUCGAAUCGUUUCAUAUCGUUUAAUAUUCAUUUUUAAAGUGUCUUAUUUUCCAGUAUAAUUAUUUUUUUCCAAUCCGAUUCUGUUGCAAAUAAGAAAUCUUAUCUAUUAAUUAUAGAAAUAAAUUAGAAAUGAGUUUGUUAAUUGGUAUUGAUGUUGGUGGAACCAACACUGAUUCAGUUUUAUUGGAUCCUACAAAGAGUAAGGAUACCAGCCGUGGAGUGUUAGCUUGGAAUAAAUCAAAUACAACUUCUGAUGUUUCAUUUGGUAUUGAAUCUGCUAUUAGUUCAUUAUUUGAACAAGUGCCUGAUGUGAAAAAGGAUGAAAUUUUGGCUGUAACUAUUGGUACUACUCAUUUUAUCAAUGCUGUUAUAGAAAAGGAUAAAGCGAGGUUAGAUAAAGUUGCUAUUUUAAGAUUAUGUGGUCCAUAUUCAAGAACUACUGAACCUUUCACCGAUUUCCCUUCAGGUUUGAAAAGUAUCUUAAAUGGUUAUAUUGGGUUUCUUGAUGGUGGGCAUUAUGUUCAUGGUGAUGAAGUUCAACCAAUUAAUGAAACCGAAGUAUUGGAACAUUGUCGGAAAAUUAAAGAAUUAGAUUUAAAAUCAGUUGUAUUAGUUGGUCAAUUCUCUCCAAUGGUUAAGGACCACGAGGAUAAAGUUGAAGAAAUUAUUUCUAAAGCAUUGCCUGAAAUUCAAAUUGUUAAAUCUUAUGAAGUAGCAGGUUUGGGUUUCUUAGAACGUGAGAACGCUGCUAUUUUAAAUGCAGCUAUCUUGAGAUUUGCAAAGAAAGUUAUCCUUUCAUUUAAUGCUGCUGUGCAAAGAAUUGGUUUAACUUGUCCAGUUUUGUUAACUCAAAAUGAUGGUACUAUAUUAUCUUCAGAUAUUGCUAGUAGAAUUCCAAUUAGUACGUUUUCUUCAGGAGCAACUAAUUCCAUGAGAGGUGCUUCAUUCUUAUGUAUGGAAGAAGAUUCCCUUAAAGAUACUUCAAUUAUUGUGGUUGAUGUGGGAGGUACCACAACUGAUGUAGGAGUCUUAUUACCUACUGGAUUCCCACGUCAAGCAGCUUCUCAUUCUUUAGUGGGUGGUGUGAGAAUGAACUUUUCUAUGCCCCAUGUCGAAAGUAUUGGAUUAGGUGGUGGUUCUAUUGUUAGAGUUUCUGAUGAUAUAGUUUCUGUUGGUCCUGAUAGUGUUGGAAAUGAGAUUCUUAAGAAAGCAGUUAUUUGUGGUGGUGAAAUAGUAACCGCUACUGAUGUAUCCAUUGCUUUCAAUGAUACCCUUUAUGACGAUGUUCAAAUUGGUGAUUUGAAGUUAAUCACUAACAAAUUUGAAUCUUCCACUAUGGAAAAGUUUACAACCGAAGUUGCGGCUAAAUUAGGUAGAGUUAUAGAUCAUUUAAGAACUUCAGCUGACCCAUUACCUGUCUUAUUAGUUGGAGGUGGUUCUUUUAUUGUACCACAAGAACUUGAAGGUGCUUCAAAAGUUUUCCGUCCACCUUACUAUAAUGUUGCUAAUGCCAUUGGUGCAGCUAUGUCGAAGAUUUCUGGUACUAUCCAUACGAUUAAAUUAUUACCACCUGAUUCGAUUUCAAAAGAUACAUUCCUUGAAAAAUGUAUAGAAGAAGCUAAACAACAUGCUAUACAAAGAGGAGCAUUGAAAUCUUCAAUUACAGUGGUUGAAAUGUCUCAUGAUCCCGUACCUUAUAUCCCUAAUACUUUUGAAUUCCAUGUCAAAGUUGUUGGGGAUGUUGAUUUUGCUAAACUUCAGAAAGCAUUUAAAUUUGAAGAGGCUUCAACUAUAGCUUUAGCUGAAUCUGGUGGUGAAGUAUUGAAAGAUGUCACUGAAGCAAAGGAAGAUUUCUCCAUUGAUAGUAUUGAUGUUAAUGAAUAUAAGCCAUUAAUUAAUGCUAACAGAGAAUGGAUAAUUAAUGAAAUUGAUUUAGAAUUCCUUAGAAUUGGAACUUAUAUUUUAGGUUGUGGUGGAGGAGGAACUCCAUAUCCCUCAUUCCUUGAUAUUCGUCAUUUAGUAAGACAAGGUGAGAUUCUUAAGGUGAUUGAUAUCAAAGAUAUUAAAAAUUAUAUUAAAGAUGAUGGAUUAAUAAUUCCAGUUGGAUUUGCCGGAUCUCCAACUGUUGCAAUUGAACAAUUGAAAAGUGAAGAAUUAGUCCAUGCCGCUCGUUGUUUAAGUCAAUAUAUUGGAAAAGUACCUGAAUUAGUAUAUCCUUUAGAAAUUGGAGGUGGUAAUGGGUUUACUGCUUUUGAAGUUGGUGCCUCAUCAAGAUUGAAUAUUCCAGUUGUUGAUUGUGAUUUAAUGGGAAGAGCUUAUCCAACAUUAUGGCAAACUACCGCCAAUGCAUGUUUGGAUAAUUUCAAAUAUAGCCCUGCUGUAAUCAGUAAUGGUAAUGGUAAUACUAUGAUCAUAAGUGAAACUGCCAAUAAUGUGAUUUUGGAAAGAGUUGUUAGAACUUCAUUAACAGAAUUAGGUACUCAUGUGGGUAAAGUAUCAUCACCUAUGAAUGAAUCUCAAAUCAUUGCUGGAACAGUGCAUAAAUCAAUUUCUUUAGCUUGGAGAAUUGGUAAAGCAGUUUGUUUAGCUAAACAAGAAUUAGAUAUUGAGAAUUUACCUUCGAGAAUUAUUGAUUCAGUUGGUGGACCUGAAACCGGAAAAUUCUUAUUCUCAGGAAAGAUCAUUGAUGUUAGUAGAAAAUUAUUCAAAGGUCAUGUCUAUGGUGAAGUUGUUAUUGAAGAAGAAUCGGAAUCGAAGAGACAAAUGGUUAUUCCAUUUAAGAAUGAAAAUAUUUAUUGUACCAUUAGAAGAGAUAAAGAAGAUGAAGGUGAAAUCGUAUGUUCAGUACCAGAUUUAAUUACCGUUAUAGAAAUUGAUACUGGUGAAGCCAUUGGAACUCCAGAUUAUAAAUAUGGGUUAACUGUAUUUGUGCUUGGUAUCGCUCCAAGUAAUAAAUGGACUGAUACUCAAAAAGCCCUUGAUAUUGGUGGACCUAAAGGAUUUGGAUUCAAUGAAGUAGUGUAUAAUCCAAUUGGUAAGUAUAUUGAACCAGUAUCAGUCAUUGAUGAAUAUAGUUAGAGUAGUUUUUAUAGAAGUUAAAAAAGAUAUAUAAGUUGAAUAAAAAUGAUUA